CUAAGUUUGUAGGUUGGAUUUGAGUCAGAGACUCACAGUUUGUCUGUAAGCAGCUACAUACAUCCCAGAAGUAACUCCACCAUUCAGGACCCACACUUGUAGUUUUGUAAGACAUUCCUCCUCCCGAAGAAAACAACCAUAGCUUCUUAUAUGCGAUUAAAAUCAUCUUCCCCUAAGAAAUUUAGAUUCUAAUAUGUAGCUCUUUUAGCUCAUCUUUUGGAUUUGAUUUAAACUUUUCUUUCACUCUUUCUCUUAGUCCAAUCAUCCCUCCUCGUUUAAGCUGUUGAUUUCAGCGUUUUUCUAUCGAAAGGUGCAAUGGAGCAAUCAAGGUAUUGGACGUGGACAAAGGGGAGAUCAGAUGGUUUGAGUUCUCAUGAUCAUCUUCAAUCAUCAACAAGCGUGGCUGCGUAUUAUGAUUCAUGGGAAGAGCAAGCUUUUGCAGAAGAUGCAGCUGGGCCUCUCGGAGGAUGUAUAUGGCCUCCGAGGUCUUACUCUUGCAGCUUUUGUGGGCGAGAGUUUAGAUCGGCUCAAGCUCUAGGAGGUCACAUGAAUGUCCACAGGAGAGAUAGAGCUAGGCUACAGCAAUCCCCCCCUGGUGAUCCCCACGAUGAUGAUCAUCAAAAUCAUCAGAAUAAAAUUCAGAAUCCCUUUGUACCUUUGGGUUUUCAGUGCCAGCCUGAUGAGGUUUGUAACUUUGUUUAUAACCCUAGCCCUAAUUCCAAUCAUGGAACUCAUCUUCCACCUACUAAAGAGAAUUGUCUUGAACCAACUUUAGUUCCUCCUUUCUCUUCACCAAUGGUCCAAGAAAGCCCCAACAAGUCCCCAAAAUCAUUGUCAAACUUGGCAGCUGACAGAUAUUACCAUUUCUCUGAUCUAAGGGCUGAUGAAGGAGACAAGAGUCCAAGAAUCCUAGAAUCUGAAUGUAGGGUUAAAGCAGAUUAUGUCCAAACUACUGAUUUGUCCGCAAGCUUGAAUCUAGUUGUUCGAGAAACACGCCCCGCUACGUCUGGCAGUACACAAGACAACACCGUCGGGUGCAAGAGAAAGAGAACCGGUGAUCAUCAUACACCCAUGACCUUAGCCUUGUUCCUCAAACCGAUUUCAGCUGAGGACGACAUAGAUCUUGAGCUAAGGCUUGGUCGUCGACCCAAGUUAAGGUAGUUUCAUCACAAGACCAUACUUCAAUGUGGUCCUUUCUACAAUGAUCAUAAUGUUGUCUGUACGUGUAACCUCAUGUGUCAACACAUCCUUGCUUUGAGUUUGAAUAAUUACUCUCUCAUGGUGUAACAAAAGUAAUAUAUAA